CACCCAAUCAGAAGCGUUCUGAAAACUUGUCAGAGAAGAGUUUUUUUUUUCUUUUUUAGGAUACACUGUGUGCGUCUCAUACCGUUUUGAUCCAUUUUGUGGCCCCGGGUGGUGCUGGUGGAGCGCGCAGCGGGAGGCGUAUUGUCUGUAUGCAAACUGGACGGCAUGGCUAUUGUAUGUGUUUGGGCAUAUAUGGAGGCACCGAUGGCUCGGAGGAUACAGCCCGUCUGAAGUCUCAGGAGUGGAGAGACGCCCUCGGCUGUGUUGUGCGCGUUUCUCUCCUCCGUCUCUCUCUUCUCAUUCACCGCUCUGCUCCGUCGCUAUGAGUUGCCUGGAUGUAAUGUACCACCAAAGCUAUGGGGCGCACUACCUCCCUGCAGCGGCGUAUAAGGCGACCUACUACAACCACCAUCACCAACAACAACAGAGGAGGCUGAGUGUUUACAGUAAGAUGCAGGAGUGUAUGGAGCAGCAGCAGCAAGGAGGAGGAAGAGGGAUGCUUUCCAGGGAUCAGGGCCCCCGGCAAGGUCCUGCAGCACCAGGAGCCGAAUCAGGCCGUAGAUCCACAUCUGAUUCAGAGCUGAAGGAUGGUACUCAACCAGCAGAGGCAGAGUACUUGAGCUCCAGGUGUGUUUUGUUCACCUACUUCCAAGGCAACAUUGGCGACGUGGUGGAUGAGCACUUCUCACGGGCUCUCAGUCAGUCCAGCACCUUUAACAGCGAGGCCAAACCAAUCAGAGUGACUCAGACGCCCGCAUCAGCCACUGCAGGCUUAUGGAAAGAUGGUGGAUCUCUCUCAGAGGGUCAGAGCAGCUCAGUGUGGAACAGCACCUAUCCAACCCAGGCCAGUCCGUGCCUUCCACCUGUUUCUGUCUCGGUCCACCCAGACUUCUCCUCCAGCCCCGUUCCCUUCAGCCACCCAGAUGGAGCUCUUUGGGCUGACCAUGUGCUCUCCCAGGCAAGCCUCCCGCCUCCGGCUGCCCUCCCUGAUAGCUGGACCUACAGCCUGAGCCCCCAGAGUGCAAGCGGCUACCCCAAUGUCCACAAUGUCUACCACCCCCACCCCCACAUCCACACCCGGCAUCACCACCCCAUGCUCCAUUCAUACCCAACCCACAGCCCAGCGUUAGAUCCCAGGUUUAAUCCUCUGCUGCUGCCCGGUGUCAGGAACCAGAACCAGCCGACCGCCAGCGCAGGGAGCUCCCCUCACAGCGAGGGGGUGAAGACGGAGAUGGACCCGAGCAACAACAGCCCCGUCACAGCCACCUCUGUCACCUGGACCCCUCCAGCCCUCCAUGGAUCCUUGGAGGUGUAUGACUCAGCUCUUGAUCAGACCAAAGCAAAGACAUCAGUUUGGUUCUAACUGAUGUACUGACAAUGCGAAGGAAAAUCAAUUCACACCAAAAAGGACCUACUCUGUGGCUUUAUCAGUGUAUGGCUGCAACACCAGCACUGUAUGUACAAUGUAGAUAGAAGGCUAACUGUAGCUUAUGAGUCCUGCACUGGCCACACAACUUCUUAUGGAGGUGAACUCAGGCUUUGGACUUAAAUGACAAUGAUCAACUGCUUUGACUGCAGGUCAAAGCCCUCAGAGAACGAUGAAAACAGACUACUAGCUUUACAAAUGGGAGGCCACUUCUCUGUGGGCACAAAACACCAUUUCCUUUUUCAUGCAAUGUGAGACCAAGUGGUUCUGUUUCAAGAGCUUGAUUUUGAUCCACAUUUUUUUGUACAAUUAAUGUUUGUUGAAGACUGUAAAUGUAUUUUGUGUGUACAGUUUUGCCAUUCUAAGUUGUUGUUUGCUGGAUGCUAAAAUUCUUGCCUGAAUGCUACUUUACUAUUUCUGCCUUAAAGGAUUGUGUAGUGUAAAUAUUGGUACUGUAUGUUUAAGUAAUAAAUUGUUGAACUGUA